AUGGUGGUCCAGGACUUGGUCAAACAUCAUGGGAGGAAGGGAAUUAAGCCUAGCUGCCUUAUGAAGAUUGACCUUCAAAAAUCUUAUGAUACUGUUGACUGGCAUUUUCUUCAAGAAAUGUUAGAAUAUCUGGAUUUUCCCAAACACUUUGUGGAUAUAGUCAUGCAAUGUGUUACUACUCCUAUGUUUUCUUUGAUGCUGAAUGGGUCUAUGCAUGGCUUCUUUAAAUCUCAGAGAGUAAGGGAGAUUACCAAUCUAUCUAUCUGCUUCUACAAGCUUUCAAGCUUUUUUUCUAAUUCAGCCGGUUUAAAGGAAAAUCAGCAGAAUUUCUCUGUCUACUGUCAUGGUAUGCAGGAAGGUGAUAUCCAAAGAUUAGUGGAUGUUUCUGGUUUCUCUAGAAGUCUUCUUCCCUUUUACUUGGGUGUUCUUAUCUACUCUAAGAAGAUUUAUGUGGCUCAAUGUGGUCACUUGGUGAAUAAAAUGAUAACCAAGAUUAAGGCUCAGAUUUAUGUUUUACCAAGGAGUGUUCUGCAGGAUAUUGUGAAGAUAUGCAGAGGUUUCCUAUGGAGUAGGCAAGCUUUCAGUCAUAAUCCAAGCAAUAUUGCUUGGGAGAAGAUCUGUAGUGACAAACAGACUGGAGGUUUGGGCUUUAGAGAUAUGCUUAUGUGGAAUACUGCUUUUAUGGAAAAAUAUGUGUGGGCUUUAGUCACUAAGCAAGAUAAUGUCUGGAUUAGAUGGGUUACUUAG